UUUCCUGUUAAAAUAUCCAGUUUUUUAGUUAAAGAAUGAGUGAAGGUGAAUCGAGUUCCCGCAAAUCGGACAGUUCCGAGGGCAGUUCAUCGGAGCUGGACUUUGCCGGAUCCGGCUUCAAGCCGCUGCGUGUGCUAUACUCGCGCAAAGCUCAGGCCCCCGUUUCCGCAGCUCGGCUGCUCGAUAACGUCGGUGCGUACGAAUCCCAAUACAAACAACUGGGCGGAUUCGAUCAGCAGUUUAGUGAGGAACGGUUGCGUGAAAUCCGGGCGGCCAAUGCCGCCAAGAAACAGAUCGCCGCUCCCAGUGGCCAGGCACCGGUUAGGAGAUUCGAGCCGCACCAAGAAAUGAUUCGAGUCGAGCGACCAUUCAGAGCCAGGCGCAACAUAUUCCUGCGAAUCGAUAGCUACGAGGGGCCGUUGGGUGAACUGAGGCAAUGGAUGAGGGAGAGAGUCCGGGUAAAAGUUUACACCCGAAGGGAGAAAGGCGUCCGGGGGUUUGUGACCGGGUUCGUGGAAGUUUUCGACAAGCACUGGAACAUGGCCCUGGUGGAUUGUCAGGAAUCUUGGAAACGGAGGAAGAAUCGGUAUUCGGAGAAUAAGGUUUGCGCUUUGGGAGAGCCGCAAGAUUGCGGCCAGAUGCUGAGGAAAAUGGGGAUCUCGAUUCCGGAAGUGACGGUGAAAUCCGUCGAUCGGAAGUAUGUUAACUGUAGCCGACAAGUGCCUAAAUUGUUGAUAAGGGGCGAACAGGUUGUUCUAGUUACGCCCGAUAAGGAAUCGCCGAAGGUAGAACCACCUUAAUA